AUGGCGGAGGCAGAUGCAGCGGUCUGGUCUGAGGUUGCUCAGAAGCAGGACCAGGAGGAUCAAAAGCUCAAGCAGAACGAUGUGCUGCUGGAUGUCAUCGAAGCUGACUUGAACGCAAUGGAAGCCCAAAUGGAGAAGGCAGAGGUUCGAUACCAGCAAGCCCGCCAACGGUUGACCAGGAAGCUCGAGGAAGGAAAAGACAAGCCGGCCGAAGGCAAGCACAGUCCUCACAUUCAGCCGUCAGAGGAUCAUCCCAUCGAUGAGGCAGAGGCUCUGCCGCCAGAGGAUCACAAGCACCAGCAUCACAAGCACCUCCAGAGGGAGCCCAAGAAUGCGGGUGCUCUGCCAGAUAAGGUGGUCUCAAGACAGCGCUGGGUGGCUGCACGCAACACCGAAAAGCGAGCCCGGGAGUCUGCCAAGCGUGCUCGCGAGCUGAUGCGCAACCGGCAGCGGGAUCGCAAGAUGGAGGCAGGCUAUGUGUCACAGGAAGUGGAAGCCACGGCUCCGAAGGAGUCUGCGCCUGCGCCGCGACCUCCGGCAGCAAGCGCCAGCCCAGAAGCAGUCUUGCACGGAGCUCAGAAUCUUGCAGCACGGCUGAAAUCCGUGCACGACCGUGAGACAUCGGCCGUCGAUAAACGCCAGGCACUGCUCAAGGUCGUGACCUGUGGCCGCGAGAAUUAUUAUACUUUCAAGCCUGAAGAUGUUGUCUCUGACCUGAAGCAGCGUGGCUUGAUCGAUGAGAAGUUGGCAACAGAAUUCGCUGGCCUCAUCAAGGAUGAGACCUUGAAGCCGACGGUGCACCAGAUUCCCUUCGAAGAGUGGCUGGAUCGCGCAAAGAAGGUUAGCCACAUGGAACGGCUGGACGAUGUUCCCUUCAAGGCUGACGAGGCCGCCUACUUAGGGCACCUGGAUGGAAGGCAGCUGGCUGUAGCGGAAGCAGAGUUGGAAGCAGCCGAAGCCCAGCUGGAAAUCGCCAUGAAAGCAGCGGCGGAUGCGUCAACCCGUUAUGAGCAGGCGGUGGCUGCGAGCGGCAUUGACCAUGCGACGCUGGAAGACACGGAGCAGGCAGACUUUGAUCUCAGUGUGAACGAGGCUGAGCGCUUCGAUGCCGAGCACAGCCACGACAAAUUCGAAUCUCACGGGAGCAAGAAUGCGGGUGCCCUUCCAGACAAGGUUGUCUCUAGAGACCGUUGGCUGGCAGCUCGCAGCACCGAAGAGCGUGCACGUGAAGCGCAGAAGAAGGCCCGCGAUGUGGGUCGCAGCCAUGCGCGUGAUGCCAAGGGGUGGCCUUUCAAUUUCAAGAAGAGGUUGGAAGUGGUACUGAAUGCGGGCCGCAACUUCUUGAGAGAUUCAGAAGAUGGACAAGGGAUCGACAAGUUCAAGGAUCUGCUGGAAUGGCUACAGGCCCAGCGUGCCCGAAGGUCCGCUUCCGCUCCCUUUCCCCAGUCCCUGGGGCCGCUCUCCGUGGCGGCGCUCCGCAAGGGCGACAAAGAGAUUGUCCUGGUGGGCACUCCGCACAGCGUGCCUGGGGUGGCUGCGGCGGAGAAUCCAGUUCCGAGGGCAGUCCGGCGUCUGGUCAAAGCGUUGAAGCCAGACCUCGUGGCCGUUGAGUUGGAUGAGGAUCGUGGUGGUCGAGAGCUGGAAAACCUUCCUGCGAAGCUGCGAGGUCGCUCCACGGUGCUACUGCCACCGACGCCCUCGGGAUCGCCCGGGCUCCUCGAGGCCUUUGGCCUCUUUGGUGGACCACAGCUUCGAUUGGACGACGCGCUGAUGGAGCAGAUUCGCGCGAGGUUGGGCAAUUCUCAGAUGUCCGUCAAGGACUAUAUGCGGGCCAUGAAGACGAUCUUUGACAAGAGCAGUGAGAAGUGUCUGGCCAUGAAUGUCUUUGCAUUGGACGAGCUUCGAGCAGAGGCCUAUGGUGACUGGGGCAGAGACGCAGGAGCAGCAGUCCAAGCAGCCUUCAAGGCUGCAGCCCCGGUUCUGCUCUGUGACCUACCGCAGGAAUGGACGUUCAGCAAAAUCAUACCCGUCUACAACGACGCCUGGGUCCGUGCCAAGGAGAAGCGGUUGGAUUUCCUCAGUGAUCUUUCUGAAGCCAUGCGCUUCCAGGAGGCAGAGGAGGCCAUCAUCCGAGAAGCGGUGCUCGCUGGUCACGGAGGCGACUUGUCCUCCUUGGAUUAUGGUCUUGGUCUUUGUCGCCCUGCGACGGGCUUGGCCGAAGCCGACACACGACGUCUCUUCUUGGAGGAGCGCGACUCUGCAAUGGCGCGAGCCGUUUGCGAGGCCUUGGAUGGCAGAGCGCAGCGCGUCCUCGGUGAGCCGAGGGAAGAGAUCCUGAAGGGCCAAGCGAAUGCAGCGCUUCGGGCAGUGCUUCAGGUGGGCUGCUGCCACGUCGAAGGGAUCGUUGCUGAGAUGGAGAAGCAGGGCUAUGAGGUUGCUGAUUCACCUUCUGCGGGCUGGCCAAGUGCUAAAGCCAAGAAGCCCAAGGUGGGGACUUCAACGAAGAAAGUUGUCACGAAAAGGACGAAGCAGCGGGGACCUCGAGGAUUCUCGUAG